AUGGCCAUUGUAGCCCCCGCACCCGCUCGUGUUCCUCACAUCCUCGCUGUCAACUGUGAUCAAACCAAAGAGGAGUUCGUGAAGGCGUUCAACGAUGUCCCUACCCUCUUCCGCAACCUGUUCACAGGGUAUCUCAGUAACGAUAACGAGCCUUCUUCUGCCCGCCCGACUCCAGAAGAAGAGAAGGACCAUGGCUGGGAGUUGUGCUGCGACGGCACGUUUUACUUCAAAGGCUUCGAUGUAACGAAAUACACCAGGGGCGCUAUGGGCGUCUGGCCGAACGUCCAAAAGGAGCCUAUCGACUGUAUCAUUGUGGGAGGAUCAUCUAAGGCAGUCUUAAUGCGCUUAACGAACAGCGUGAACGAUAUUUACAAGAAAGACCCCGAAAACACCCUUUACUGGCUGAAGGCCCUUGGCUUCUGGUUGACUGCGACUGCGAUUAUGCAGAAGCAUAUCAACUCAAGCAUAUCUUCCCCGGUGAAGAUCAGCUCAUACGUUGGCCUCGCUCUUUCUGUCCUUGUUUUUACUUACGAGCGUGUCAAACCACAGAACAUCCAGAUGUUCCACUACGAGAUGGCGGAGCCCUUGCUUAGGGUCCUCGACGAAGCCAGGGAGGAUAUGAGUAAAAAGCAACGCAUGUUCAAGUACCACUUAUGGGGUGCAACUAAGGGUUGUGGAAACGAGGGCUCUGUCGUGUUCUAUGAUGAAUCUGACGACAAGGAGAACACGAAGCAGAUCCGUAUUUUGACUUUCCAGGGUCAUCCCGAGCUUACGCACGCCAUGGUGAGGUGCCUGAUCAAGUUAUUUUCGGCCGAAGGCAACGAUAAGGAGGCAGUUUCCAAGGAAGAGGCGGCCGAUGCCUACAGUAAGUUAGACAAGUUCGAGGAGGAUAAAGCGACGGUGCAUUGGAAGAGUGCGGCGGGGGCGAUGUGGAAGGUCGCGACGGGUACAAACUUUGAAUGA